AUGGACCACGUCGCCGAAGACGAUCGCGUCCAGUGGGCAAUAUCACAGCAUCAUGUAUCCCAAAGAGGCGCUUACAACUUCGCUCAUCGCGAUAUAUGGGGACCGCGGGAGAAGUCCAUGGGCAAUCCAUGGUCACCGAGCAAUCCCGAUGGCACAGUGAUUUUGCGCCUAGCUGAGAACAGCUUAAUGCACCAGGAAGUUGCACAGUUCAUCAAGGAAACGAUCAAUGUGCUGCCUCUGGAUCAUUUGACUUACAGCACAGGACCACGGGGAUCGUUGCGCCUCCGUCGCGCUCUUGCUACAUUCAUGAACAAGGAAUUUCACCCUCGAUAUUCAGUCACGGCAAAUGAUCUCUUUAUAACGCCUGGUUUGGCCAGUGGCUUAGAUGCAGUGGCAUGGUCAGUUUGUGACGAAGGCGAGGGCAUACUGGUUCCGCAACCAUUCUACAACGGCUUCAGCUUUGAUCUUCUGAAUCGAAGCAACACACGAGUCAUCGGCGUCUCUUAUCGGGGCAUGGAAGGAUGCUCGAACCUUGAAGAUAUUUUCCGACCUGAAGUGAACAGAUUGGCUCUUGAAGCGGCUCUGAAAAAGGCUCGUGGGGAAGGUGUGAACGUCCGCGCGUUGCUAAUCUCAAAAUGCUAUCCAUCAGAAACACUACGGGAGUUCGCUUCUUUUUGUGGUAGUAAUCGGCUACACUUCAUUUCUGACGAGAUCUACGCCAAAUCUGUCUUCCCGAAUUCAGCAAUCUCAGGUCAAGCUUCAUUUGUUUCUGUCCUUUCACUCGACCUUCACAAUGUCAUCGAUGCAAACUUACUGCACGUCCUAUGCGGCGCAAGCAAAGACUUUUGCGCCAAUGGCCUACGUCUGGGUAUGGUGUACACGAAGAAUGAGGCUAUAUUAGGGGCGAUGUCGAGCAUUAGUAUGUUUUCAUGGUCACCUCAUGUUCUUCAAGACGUCUGGGCGUCUAUGAUUGACGACCAAAUGUGGAUGGAAUCCUUCAUAGAGAAGAAGACAGAGCUCAUGGUGGGGAACUACCGGGUGGCCACCUCCUUCUUCCUGGGGCACAACAUCAGCUACUUCGAAAUGAAUGCUGGGCUCUUCAUUUGGGUUGAUCUGCGUCAUCUAUUCAACUCGUCGACAUUAGACGGAAGGUUGGAGGUUCAGUCUGAAAGCUUCAUAGCUCAUCAGCAGCGUGAGCUCGAAAUCACAGAUUUAUGCGCGAGACAUGGUGUCAUGAUCGCACCGGGCAGCGUGUACAUGCCAGAAGAGUUUGGAUGGUUUAGAGUAACCUUCAGCCUGGGAAAGGAAGCACUAGAAGAAGGGUUGAGGCGGCUUGCCAGAGCUAUUGCUGAGAUGAGACUCUAG